GCAGUUGGCAAGGAGUCACUAAAGUAGACGAUUGCAGAUUCGAAAACAGUCAAGACAGAAUCAUGGCAGGAAGCUGUAGUGUCUUCUGCCUUGCUAUAAUCGCGGCAGUGUUCGUGAGCGCAACCGCGGUCGACUACUGCAGUUUAGAGUCAUGCCCCAAUAUGCAUACAAUGUGCAGGUAUCCCUAUCCUAAUCCGGGACCAAUGUGCAGCAAUUGGAGAGACAAUGGUCUGACCGAUGAUGAGAAAGCCCGUAUAGUAAAGAAACAUAAUGAACUGAGGCAAAAAGUCGCGUCGGGCAAGGAAACCAGAGGAAUAAACGGGCCGCAACCACCAGCAGCUUAUAUGCCGGAUUUGACUUGGGAUAAUGAAUUGGCAAUGAUUGCACAAAGAUGGGUCAACCAAUGCCAACCGGGACACGAUGUGUGCAGAAACGUGCAAAGAUUCGCGGUUGGACAGAACAUGGCCAUUACCAUGAAUUCAGGACCGAACAACAGCCCCGUGGAGGACAUGAUCCAAAUGUGGUACGAUGAGGUAGCUCUGUUCGACAAUCGCCAAGUCUGGAGACUUACGUCCAUCAAUGGCGUGGGACACUACACGCAAAUUGUCUGGGCUAAGACGACCAAGAUCGGUUGUGGCCGCAUCAAGUAUACGGGAUCCGGCUGGAAUAACCAUUACUUCAUUUGUAACUAUGGUAAGGCUGGAAACUAUCUUGGUGAAGCAGUUUACGAAAUCAGAAAGUAAUCUUGUCUAUUUAUGUCAGUCGACAUCGAUAGUGUGUAGGCUACUAAGAACUAAAGAGAGAUCAAACAAGAGAAAGAUUUUUGUACAUACGUAAUAUGUGUGUUAAACAUAUAACUCAAGAUUAAAAUAUAAAUAAAUAAAUCAGGGAUUAUAAGCAUUCUGGUUUACUACGGUGUAUCUUAUUGUUAAUACUUUUACUGUAGCGUUCAUUAUUACAAUAACAGUUUAGCUCCUUAAAGUCCACAUUUUUCCCGAAAAGUGAAAUAGAUCAGCAAUAAAUUUUAAUUAUUAGCUGAUAAGAGCAUACACUUGUUAUCAUAUAAGAAUUAACUAUAAUAUUAUUUGUACUCACACGUUACUCACGAUAAUGUUUUAUGUUUUAACAAAUAAAAUCUUUUAUUUCUAAUGCAUAAA